AUGGAGGCUUUUACAUGGUGUAAGGAAUUGUGGACGCCUAAAACCUUCAACAAGUUCAGUUUCUUAGUGAAUGUUUUUUGGAUCGCAGUUGGGAUAGUAUUGUUUGGAGUGUUUCUGGACAUGGAAAUCAACGAAUCGAGGUUUGACUUCCGCUGUGACGUGAACAAGAAUGCUAAAGUCGACAAGGACUUCGUUAGACAGAAGUGUUUCGUGGAAUACGAAAAGCUACACAACAAGCUGUCUGUUCCUCUUUACGGCUUUGUGAUUGUUAACUUCUCUCUUCCUUUUAUUGUUUGUGUGAUAUAUUCAAUACUUGCGAAACCAAGAGUAAAGAAACUUGAAAGCAGAAAUACAGAUGUUGAAGGGCAAGAUCAUCAAGCCAACACAACUCAAAGAAAACUCUUCAGACAAUACUGUUGUCAACUUGCCACUAGAUUUUGUCUCGGGAUUGUUUUUAUCCUCCUUUUAUUAAAUGAAGUAUUUUAUCCUCGUGAAUUUCCGUCAAACUUUAUGUGUAACUUGAUGAGAGAAGUCAAUCAAACCGCAGCAAAUGCAACUGGGAACUCAAUAACUCCAUCUUAUGAAUGCAUUAACCAGCGAGCUCAUAAGAAAACCUCCUGGAUGUAUGCCGUAAGUGGGGCGAAUGGAAUUCUUGCAGCUUUUCUUUUGAUUGAGUUUUUCAUUAUUUUUUCGCGUGCAAGAAAAAGGGGGAAACAGUUCAUGAAUAACUCACAGUUUUAUGCUGAUCAUCUUAAAUCGAAUUAUGAUCCCCAAGAUUCACAUCAAGAAAUACCUGUGUUGACUAUACCACAACAAGAAUUGCAAGAUACACAGGGGGAAGGAAAUCACGAAACAUUGGAACAAUUACAACGGGAACAUUUAACUCAGUUGCAAACUUGUUUUAAGUGUAUGAGGGAAAGUGUCUUAAAGAACACCGAGCGACUCAGAGACCUUUCGUCACCCUUCAAACCGAACCCGGGCGAAGGCGAUCAACCUGAAGAUCUUAAACUCGACCAAAUUUACACUAAAUUGAUUAUUCAUCCUGGAAGAGCCUAUUAUCACUUUCCUAAAAGCAGGCGAGAACAGCUAAAGGUGUACCCCAAACCAGAGGCAAAUUUACCACCAAAAGCACCCAGAGACAUUGUUGAUGAUCAGCACAAGAAUAUUCUUAUCGUUGGCCGCCCUGGAAUUGGCAAAACGCUGUUUUGCACGAAGUUUAUGCGCGAUUGGGCAAGUGACCGCUUAUUCGAUGAAGCGCAAAAUUCAGAAUUACGAUUUGACGUUGCUUUCCUCGUUAAAUUUAGAAGACUGAACUCUACUGCAAAGCUUAACCUUCGAGAGCUUUUGAAAAAAUCAGAAUUUUCAACACAUAUGAAUGAUGUGGUAUGGAACUACAUUCGUGAAAACCCAAGCAAAGUGCUUAUUAUUUUUGAUGGAAUUGACGAAUUCUCUGCAAGGAAAAAGUUACAAGGUGAUGACUUAAUUAUUUAUGACGACACUGUGGACGAAAGAAUGCCCUUACAUGCUUUGUACAAGAAAAUUGUGUUGGGAAAACUUCUUAAUGGAGCCACUGUUUUAACGACUACAAGACCUACUGCUACAUCAUUCACAAGAAGUUGUGAAUUCACCAGAGUAUUUGAAAUUAUUGGAUUUUCAUCAGAGCAAGUGGAAAAGUAUGUGGAAAACUCCACAGGCGAUGACAAAGAUGCAGGAAAAACGAUAUGGCAACAUAUCAGCAACAACCUUAACCUCCUUUCGUUAUGCUAUAUACCUGUUAACUGUUUCAUCAUUUGUUCGUGCCUGCUAUACAUGCUUCAGAAGUUUCGUUCCAAUUCCAUUCAUGGUUUGGCUAGCCUACCAACUAAACUAACCGACAUAUACAGCUUCGCCGUAAAGCUUGUAUUCUUCAAGCACAGUAACAAAUACCGCAAUGAAACUGAUGGUGAGGACGAAAUUUUCAAAAAAUUCGAUGAGCUGGCUGAAGACGUGAAAAGGGAUUUUAAGAAACUGGGAACAGUUGCUUUUAAAGGAAUUAAAGAAAGAAGAUUAACCUUUGAAUCUGACGAAGUUACGAACCUAGAGGAUUGUGGCCUACUUCAUCGAUUGCCUGAUUUAAAACCAGAGGCGAAGCGACCAUUCGAAAAACCCAAAGCUCAAUACUGUUUCCAACAUCUGACCAUCCAAGAGUUUUUUGCAGCAAAGCAUAUGACAGACAACAUGAAAGAAGCCGACUUGCGAGAAUUUGUUUCAAGUCACAUCAACGAAGAUGCAUGGCAAGUAGUGUUGCAGUUUGUGGCUGGGCUUCUCAGUGACCGAGAAGAACCACUGACCGAUAUUUUUACUAACCUUCUCCCAGUGAGGACAUAUGAGAUAAAAGACCCGGAACUGGAGCCAGGCAAAGUAACCUGUUGGCCAACUAAGGAAGACAAACAGUUAGCGAUUCAGUUAUGUUACUGUUUAUAUGAGAUCGAUGCAGAUGAUUCAGCCGUGCAAAACAAAGUAAGAGAGAUUGAUUUUAACGCUGUAGUUUUUUUGAAGUGUCAGCUAGGACCUGUUGAUUGUACUGCAAUAGUCAAUUUUCUUAAAAUGCAUAACGAAAUUUUCAUGAUUAACUUGGGUGGUAACGAGAUUAGCAGCCCUGGUUGUAAAGUAUUAAGCGAGUUUUUAGUGGGUGAGGAAUGGAAGCACAGUAAUUGCAAACUAAAGAGGUUAAACCUCAGCGAUAACAAAUUUACCGUACUUCCACAUUUCGUAAACCGAUUUCGAAACUUCCUAUCAUUAACGUGUGAUUUUUCGAAUCUGGAGACCCCUUUGUUAUAUUGGCUAUUUCCUCGUCUCAUAAACCGACUUGCUUUAAAGGACAGUAAUUGGAAACUAAACAGCUUAAACCUCGCCGGUAACGAAAUUACCGAUAAAGGAGUAAAGUAUUUGGCUGAAGCUUUGAAGGAUAGUGAUAAUGAUGAUUGCAAACUAAACCGCUUAAACCUCUACAGUAAUAAAUUUGCCGAUGAAGGAGUAAAGUAUUUGUCUGAAGCUUUGAAAAAUAGUAAUUGCAAACUAAACAGCUUAAAGCUCGACGGUAGGGAAAUUACCGAUGAAGGAGUAGAGAAUUUGGCUGAAGGUUUGAAGGAUAGUAAUUGCAAUCUAAACAGCUUAAACCUCUACAGUAACAAAUUUACCGAUAAAGGAGUAAAUUAUUUGGCUGAAGCUUUGAAGGAUAAUAAUUGCAAACUAAACAGCUUAAAGCUCGACAGUAACGAAAUUACCGAUGAAGGAGUUAAGUAUUUGGCUGAAGCUUUAAAGGAUAGUAAUUGCAAACUAAACAGGUUAAACCUCACCAAUAAGAAAUUAACCGAUGAAGGAGUAAAGUUUUUGGCUGAAGCUUUAAAGGACAGUAAUUGCAAACUAAAAAGCUUAAACCUCGCCGAUAACAAAAUUACCGAUAAAGGAGUAAAGUAUUUGGCUGAAGCUUUGAAGGAUAGUAAUUGCACACUAAAUAGCUUAGAUCUCUGUGGAAACGAUAUAACCGAUAAAGGAGAAGAGUAUUUGGCUGAAGCGUUAGAGCACAGUAAUUGCAAAGUUAAAAUCAAACCUCGCCUACCGUUACAAAUUAACCGAUGA